GGAACAAGGUCGUGAACACAGGAGCGUUUGCGGUGGUGCUGCCAUUUCUUCCGUCUUGGGUCUCUGCUCCUGUUGCAGAGCUUCCGACAGCGCUAUGCUGGGACAGAGCGUCCGGAGGUUCACAACCUCCGUGGUCCGUAGGAGCCACUAUGAGGAGGGCCCAGGGAAGAAUUUGCCAUUUUCAGUAGAAAACAAGUGGCGGUUACUAGCUUCCAUGAUUCUAUUCUUGGGAUCUGGCUUUGCUGCACCUUUCUUUAUAGUAAGACACCAACUGCUUAAGAAAUAAGGAUGUUUCACUUAAUCCAUGGAACAGAUGUGAAGAGAAGCAUUUUAAGAAGUGCAGUCUCUAUGAAAAAUGAAUCAAACUCUUAAACUCAAUGUACUAAAUAUGUUUGUAAAUAAACUUAAGGCAUGAAUCCUCAGUGCCUCUCUGAACUAUGGAAUGGGAUAACUGAGCACGUGCUUCCUGUUUUGUUAGGGCAAUAUUCUGGUAUUAGGUUCUUGAUCAAAUUAUGUGUGCAGUUUAGCUUAUUGCUUGGUCUUAAAUUCUGAGGUUUUAUUUGGUUUUUGAUUCCUAGAUCAAGACCUAGUUGGUAAUUUAUGUUAUAAAAGAGAAAUGCAAACUUGA